UGUCAUCGAUGACAGGUCUCGUCUUGUUCUCCUUAUUACUCUCAGGUUUCAGUUCCUCCUUUGCAGAUGUUGCCAUGCACGAGCGGUGGAUGGCGCAGCACCGGCGCAUUUAUAAGGACGCGUCGGAGAAGGAUCGGCGAUACCAUGUCUUUAAACGCAACGUCGAUUACGUCGCCGCCGCCAACAACAACGCGAGCCGCAUGUACAAGCUCGGGCUCAACCAGUUUGCUGACUUAACAAAUGAUGAGUUCAUGGCUCUGCGUGCUGGAUCGAGGCCGAAUGGAGCGAACACGGCAGCGGCGUCUAGAAGCUUUGGGUCCGACGGCAAUGCGUCGGCGUCCGUGCCUGCCGCCGUGGACUGGCGGAGCAAGGGAGCAGUGACUCCGAUCAAAGAUCAAGGAGAAUGUGCAUGCUGCUGGGCCUUCGCAGCAGCGGCAGCAACAGAGGCCAUCAUCCAGCUCCGAACCGGCAAACUCAUCUCUUUGUCGGUCCAAGAACUAGUAGACUGCGACGUCACCGGCAAGAACAACGGGUGUGACGGUGGCACCAUCGACGGCGCCUUUGACUUCAUCGUUCGCCGCGGCGGGCUGACCACGGAAGCAAACUACCCUUACACAGCGUCAAACGGCAACUGCAACCCGUCACUAGCGGAGAAGCCAACGGCCGGAAUUAGGGCCUACGUGAGAGUGCCAAACAUCGGCGAGUCGUCGCUCACAGCGGCGGUGGCCAGGCAGCCAGUGGCGGUCGCAGUCGACGCAGGUGGGCUGGACUUUCAGUUCUACUCGAGCGGCAUAUUCACCGGGGAGUGCGGGACGGAAUUGAACCACGGAGUGAUAGUAGUGGGCUACGGAAGGACGAAGGGAGGAAACAAGUACUGGAUAAUUAAGAACUCGUGGGGCGUGUCAUGGGGUGAGAAAGGGUACCUGAGGUUGCAGAGAGAUGUUGGCGCCACUGAAGGGCUCUGUGGCAUUGCCUCCUACGCCUCUUAUCCAACAGCAUGAGUCAUAUAUAAUGGAACUAUACCUUGACCACAAUGCUUACAAUAAAUAUAGUGCCAACAAGUUUUAUAUUGUCCGAUGAAUAAUAUACAUUUUAUCAGCUGAACAAA